AUGGCAACUUCAUUACACCCAGUAUUCCGCAAAGGAGCAACGGCUCUCAUCACAGGUGCCGCCUCCGGAAUCGGCCUGGCAACCGCCAAACUGUGCUAUUCCCAACGCAUGAACCUCAUCCUGCUCGACAACAACAAGGACAAUCUUUCAAAGCUCAGCACCGAAUUCCCUUCCGGCUCCGAUGCCACCACAUCAACCUUCGAGAUCGAUGUCUCCAAGCUCCAGGAUUGGGAUAGAGUACAGCGCGACGUUCUUGCCUUGCAUCCCGGUGGUGUCGACCUGCUCAUGUUAAACGCAGGGAACAGCUUCAAACCCGCCGCCGGGAAGACUACCUGGCAAGACCCGGAAUACUUCCAAAAGACAUUCGCUGUUAAUACAUUUGGCUACACGAACGGAAUCGCAGCGUUCAUCGACGAUGUCACAAGUAACAAAAUAGAUCCACGUGCUAUCAUCCUGACUGGCUCUAAACAAGGAAUUACCAAUCCACCCGGAAACCCAGCGUAUAACGCCUCGAAAAGCGCCGUAAAGACCAUUGCGGAACACCUGUCGUUCGACUUGCAUGCUAGCAACCCGAACAUCAGUGUUCAUCUCUUAGUUCCUGGCUGGACUUAUACAGGCCUCACGAAAGGCAGUUCCUCUUCAAAACCGGACGGCGCUUGGACAUCGGAGGAGGUUGUCAAUUUCAUGAGCGCGAAAAUGGCUGCGGGCCAAUUUUAUAUACUCUGUCCCGAUAACGAUGUUACGGAGGACUUAGAUAAGAGGAGAAUUACGUGGGGUUAUGGUGAUAUCAUUCAUGGACGUCCACCGUUGUCGAGAUGGAGAGGAGAUUGGAAGGAGAAGGCUGCUGAGGGGAUUGCGGGUUUACAGAUACCACCGCAGUGA